AUUUAUGUUUGUGUUGGUUAUUGUUGAUUGUCAUCAGCCUCAUCAGACUGUCAAUAUGCCAACCAUUUGAACAAAUAUUCUUAUUUUUUAAAUUAAUAAUAUAUUAAAAAACAACAAUAAUGGAUCACCUUGUGAUGCCCAACAAGAGUGAGGAGGAGAUGACACCAGAGGAGAAAAUGAGAGCUGAACACAUAAGACUGCAUCAACUUCAUCAAGGACAUGAGUCAAUGCAUGCUGAAAUGUUAUUGAUACUAUUGGUGACAUUAAUUGUAGUACAAGUUAUAUUAAUUGAAUGGAAAAAGAGAUAUUUUAAAUCAUAUCAGUUUGUUACGUUAAUUGCAGUAUGGUUAAUACCAUUUGGUAUGUGUCUAAGAAACUAUUGGUGGAGAUUUAUAUUUUUCUGGUUAUUAUUUUCAUGUAUAACUGGUCUUGUUGUUAGAAAAGCAAUGCAACAACCAAUACAAGGCACAACACCAAGACUAGUUUACAAAUGGUUUUAUUUUAUAUAUCGAUUGAGUUAUGUACUUGGUAUAAUUGGUUACUUCACAGCCUUGGCCACAUUUUUUGGUUUAAAUUUAGUAUUUGAUGUUAAACCACAAGUAUGGAUGGAUUGUAGUCUAUUAUUUUUAUAUUAUGGUCUUUAUUUUGGUGUACUUGGUAGAGACGUUGCUGAAAUUUGUGCUGAUAAAAUGGCAUCACAUAUUGGAUAUUACAAUCCAGGAAGCAUGCCAAAGAGAUCACUUGAUCCAAAUGUUUGUGCUGUAUGUGGAAAUGUCAUUCUUGUUUCUGAAAAUGGAGAAGGUGUUAUAGAAAAUAGAUAUACAUUAAAUUGUGAACAUGUAUUUCAUGAAUUUUGUAUACGUGGAUGGUGUAUCAUAGGAAAAAAACAAACAUGUCCAUAUUGCAAAGAAAAAGUUGAUCUUAAAAAGAUGUUUUGUAAUCCAUGGGAACGUCCUCAUGUUCUUUAUGGACAAUUACUUGACUGGAUUAGAUGGCUUGUUGCGUGGCAGCCACUUAUUUUAUUCAUUGUUCAAGGUAUCAAUUGGGCAUUUGGCCUUGAGUAAGUGUAACCAAAAUAACAAACAGGAAAAGCACUUAUCAUCUCAGCGAUUAUUUAAAUAAAUUUUUUUUUUUUUUAUAUACAUUUGUUGAAUUUAUUAAAAUUCACUCUAGUCUAGAUUUUUUUUCUAUUUAUGUACGAAAAUUGAUAAUUUUUGUGCAAUUAAAGAAUUUAAAAAAACUAUUCAUCAUUAUAAUAAAGUUCAGUAUUUUUCUGACGAAAAAAAAACAAAUUAAAUAUCAAUAUUAAUUGCAUUUAUUUUUCAUGUAUGCACAUGAAUUAAUUUUUUUUUAAUUCAAAGUUCAAAGAGUUAAUAGUUUUUAAUUUUUUUCAGAGUAUCUUCUGAUGAUUUAGAUAAUGAAUAAUGAAUGAUGGUAAUUGAAAAAGUAUUUUACCUAGUUUAUUAUUGAAUAUUUUUUAUUUUAUUUUAUUUUUUUUUCGUUUAUUUAUAAUAGAAUAAACUAGGGUAAUCGAAGGGCUGUAUUAAGUAGAUUAAUAAAGGUCAAAUUAUUAUUAAAUAUUUAUAUAAUAAUUCAAAAUGUACUUGAUAAUUUUUUAUUUGAGAGAAAAGCAAGCUUUCCAAAUUACCAAAUACCUCUUUUGUCAUCCUACGUUCCUAAUACGAAAAUGCAAUUUUUUUUUUAGAAAGUAUCUGCUAAAAAUUUCAAAGUAUCAGUACAGUUAAAUAUCAAAUA